CAUGUGCAGGCCCACGAGUACACGCCUCAGGAUAGCCCGUACUAUGGAUCCACUGGCAAAGCAGAUCUUUAAAGGAGUUUUAGUAGCUGAACUUGUGGGCAUUUGGGGAGCAUAUUUUUUGUUCAGAAAGAUGAAUACAAGUCAAGAGUUCAGGCAAACAAUGAGAAAUUAUUGCAAGUCCACUGAACACUCUGGAAUGUACGGAAUCAGAGAGCAAGAUCAAGAAAAGUGGCUGAACAGCAAAAAUUAGGAAUUUGACCAUCAAUCAAGGUUUGCCCUAUUUCAUAGUAUCAGGCAAGAUUAAAACUCCAAAGUUGACAUGGAUGGA